AUGGGUCUCCAGUGUUCUAAAUGCCAAAUCAAUGAUGAAAAAGAAUUUAUUCUAGCUAAUAUAGUUCCAGAACACAAACACAACAUGUAAUUGGAAAAUCUAGAAGAUAGUUUUGAAAGUGAUCCAAAUUAUCCACCUUCGACAGCAAUAAGUAAGACUAUGGAAGAAAAAAGUAUUCAAUUUUCAAAGAUGCAAAAAGAAAGUUAACAUACAAUACCAUCUGACUACCAAAAACUAGAAGAAUUAUAAAUGGAUGAUGAUUCCAAGUUUUUUGGCUAAACUAAAGAUGGUUAAGCUAAUGGAAAUGGAAAAUUAUGGUUAAGAAAUGGAGACUAUUAUGAAGGUGAUUUCUAAGAUAAUCUAAUGCAUGGCAAAGGAAUUUAUAACUAUUAAAAUGGGCCUAUUUUUGAAGGUUAAUUUUUAUAUAACAAACCUGAUGGAUUCGGUGUUGAAUCUUGGCCAGAUGGUUCUGUAUAUGAAGGAAAUUUUAAAGAAGGUAAAAAAUGUGGAAAAGGAUGUUACAAGUGGUAUUAAGGUUGUGUUUAUGCUGGAGAAUGGAAGAAUAACAAAAUUCAUGGAAUUGGCAGAUAUGAUUGGCCUGAUGGAAGGUCUUACUCCGGUAGUUGGGCCUAUAAUCAAAUGCAUGGGAGGGGAAAGUACAUUUGGAAGGACGGUAAAUGCUAUGACGGUGAAUAUUAGAAUGAUAAAAAAUAAGGUUUCGGAAUAUUCUAUUGGCCAGAUUAUAAACAAUAUUAAGGCCCAUGGUAAGAUGGAAAACAACAUGGGAAAGGAAUAAUGAUAUACCCAGAUGGAAAAAAAAAAGUCGGAAUUUGGUAAUAUGGAAAAUUGAUAAAUUAUACUGAAGAUGAUAAUUUUCAAAUAAUUCCAGAAAAUUGGUAGCAAUAAUGA